CAUAGAAAAAAUGAGUCUUGAAGGUAAAUUGGUUUCUGAGAUAAACAUCAAGUGUGAUGGAGAUGUGUUCCAUGAAAUAAUUAUGUACAAACCACAUCAUAUGUGCAACAUAUGCCCUGAUAAGAUACAAAAAGUGGAUAUUCGUGAAGGUGAAUUGGGCACUAUUGACUCUGUUAGGUUAUGGAAAUUCACCCAUGAUGGGAAAGAGAUGGUGGCAAAGGAAGUUAUUGAAGAAAUAGAUGAAGAAAAGAAGUUCGUUAAAAAAAAGAUGAUUGAAGGAGAUAUGUUAGAGUAUUACAAAUCAUUUUACCUCACUAUUCAUGUUGAGACAAAGGGUGAAAACAACUUAGUUACGUGGAUCUUGGAAUAUGAAAAGAAGAAUGCAAAUGUGCCAGAUCCACACACUUUCAUGGAAUUGUGUCUCAAUAUCACUAAAGAUAUUGAGAGUUACCACAUCAAGUGAUACAUAAAUAUAUGUACUUGAAAUAAUAUUAUGUGGUGUGGUUAAUGAGUGUGCUUUGAAAUGUCUACUAUAUAUAUGUAGUGAAAAUAAAAAGAGUGGAUGUGUAAUUUCUAAUUUCGUUCAGAACUGUUGUUUGGGUGAAAGCCUGAGUAGAUGGAUAUUGAUAAAUAAAAAUAAAAGCUCCUUCUAUUUUUUGGAUCA